AUGGCGCGGAGCGCCGCCGCACCCGGCGGCCGCGCAUCCCAACCCGCCAAGCGUCUCCUGCUGAUCUCCUUCGACGGCUUCCGUUGGGACUACGACCGGGACGUGGACACGCCCCACAUGGACAGGAUGGCGCUGGACGGCGUCAAGGCUAAAUACAUCACGCCACCCAUGCUCACCAUGACCUCGCCGUCGCACUUCACCACCAUCACAGGCCGCUGGGUGGAGGACCACGAGGUAGUCCACAACAUGAUGUUCAACGCAAAGACCAACCAGAAGGUUCCUCACAAGGAGACCUUGAAGCGCUCCGAGUGGUGGGACAAUGGAGUUCUGCCGCUCUGGAUCACGGCACAGAACCAGGGUUUGAAGACGGCCUCGUUCUACUACCCCGGAGGCGGCGCCACCUACGGCGGGCGGGCGGUCGACCGGGCCGUGGUGGAGGAGGCGGGGCGCCCCGACGACAACGAGACCGAAUGGCGGCAAAACAUCGACACGGUGCUGAGCUGGUUCUCCGAGGAGGAUUUCCACCUGGUCACCCUGUAUUACGGAGAGCCCGACAACGUGGGGCACGCGCGGGGCCCAGACCACGAGGACCGCAAGGCCAUCAUCCGGCAGAUCGAUCGCACGCUGGGAUACCUUCGGGACGCCAUCGCGCGUCGCGGUCUGGACGGCCACCUCAACGUCAUCGUCACAUCUGACCACGGGAUGACCACCGUCAAGAAGCGCCCCCUGGUGGACGAGAUCGUGCUCAACAAGUACUUGAAUCUGCUCAAGCUGGCCAGCUUUGAAAUUCUGGACUACGGCGGCUUCGGGAUCCUGACGCCGCGGCCGGGAAUGGAGGCCGAAGUGGUGGCGGCGCUGGCCAAGGCUCCCAACCUGACCGUCUACACCAAGGACGACAUGCCCGAGAGUUUCCGCCUGGCUCGGAGCCGACGCUUGCCUCCAGUCGUGGUGGUGGCAGACCUCGGCUUCAACCUCAACUCGAGAUUCAUCGUGUACGUGAACAAAGGCGACCACGGCUUCCACAACGGCGAGAUGGACAUGAAGAUGAUCUUCAGGGCCUUCGGACCAGACUUCAAGAAGAACUUUGUGUCCGAGCCCUUCGACAGCGUCCACAUUUACCCGCUCAUGUGCCACUUGCUUGGCAUCCGGGGUGAGCCCAACAAUGGAUCCCUGGAGCAGACCGCUGAUAUGCUAGUCACCGCCCAUGGCGGAGGAGGACGGGGAACGAGCUCGCCGUCGCCGGUGACCGUGACGUUAGUCUUCAUCUUCAUCUCCGUGCUGACGCUCUAA